ACACGAGUGCGUGGAUCAGUUGCGUGUCUGCGUAUCUCCGCGUCUUCUCAGAUCUUUCAGGACCCCACGGCGAUGAUGCAGCAGCUCCUCACGACGUCUCGGCAGCUCACGCUCGGAGCUCAUAAGCACGAGACGGACUUCGUUGAGCUGGAGCUGCGCACGAGGGAGCGUCUGGAGGCUGCCCGCCGCAAGAUCAGCGAGGAGAUCGCCCAGGCCAAAGAGAGGCUGCAGACGUCGCGCGAGGCCAUCGCCUACUUCCGGGACGCGGCACGGAGGCUCGACUCUCACGAGCACGCGGAGAGAGCCAAGGAGAGCUAAGGGGGAGAGAUAGGGGAGAGUUAAGGGGGAGUUAAGGGGGAGAG